UUUAUUGCACGGUGGGUGUGGAGAGGGAUGGUGAGUGGUGAGUGGUGAUUUUAAUGCAUAUUGCUCAUAACUUUAUAUUAAAGAAGUGGCAAGAAAGGGAUAAGAUCAGAGUUAAUGGACGGUUCUGUGACCUCUGUCUCUCCAAAAUUGGAUUCAAAGGAAGAAUCAGAGGCAGAGCUCAAACCAACUGAAACUCCGGCAUCCAAAAGGAGGAAGGCUGUUGUCGAGAGGACUGUUGUGACCGUGAAAAUAGGAGAAAAUGGUGGAAAGGUAAAGAAUGAAGGGCCGCCUUCUGAUUUAUGGUGUUGGAGGAAAUAUGGGCAAAAACCCAUCAAAGGGUCUCCUUAUCCGAGGGGUUAUUACAAGUGCAGCACAUCAAAAGGAUGUUCAGCCAAAAAGCAAGUCGAGAGAUGCAAAACGGAUGCUUCAAUGCUCAUCAUCACUUACACUUCUACUCACAACCAUCCAGGUCCUGAUCUCAACACCAAAAACCGAACACAGUCACCGAAAGAACCCGAACCCAACGACAGCGGCGAGGAUCGAAAGCAUCAUCAACCUGAAGUUUCACAAGAAGAAGUGAAGAAUGGAUUACCCAUCAAAACAAGCAGUGAUGAAGAUGCAAGUGAAGAGGAGCCUUUCCACUACCUAAAAUCCCCAUUAAAGUUUCCCAAAAACACUAUAAUCAACCAAGAAGAUCCUUUCACUGGGAAUCUAGAGGGAACGUUUCUGUUAUAUGAUGAGCCACUCUCUUCUUGUUCUCGAAUAAAGGCAUUACCUUCAACACCGAAAUCAGAGGAAAAUGAUUUCUUUGACGAGCUUGAAGAACUGCCCAUAUGUUCAGCUUUCACUAGUUCCAUGAGAAGCAAGUUUUUCGAUGAAGGGGUUCCUGUUGUCCCUUCUUGAUCCAAGUGUUUAUAGAAGACAUGUAAAUUUAGAUGUUCAUAUUGCAAGGGAUUAUGCCUCCACCUACUGUCAUUUUCUUGUAUUUCUUUUUCGUAUGUGGGUUCACAAAAUGAGAAAGCUGGAUCAGUGUGGCAUGGAAAGUUUGUGCAAAUGGUGUCGUUUCUUAUCGAUGUGGGAGAUAGGGAUGAAAAAUGCUUUAUUGCAAGAACGGUAAAAACUAGCAAAUGACAACGGAUAGAGAAAAGAGGGGCUCUUUGAUUGAUGCCACCAGAGGCGCUGCUUUUCUU